AUGUAUAAAAAUACAACAGACAACUGCAUAUUAAGAAGUUCAAAGGGGUGUUUGCGAUGUAGUGAUGGGUAUCACAUUUCAAAAUCUGUUUGUGUGAAAUGUGAAUACCCAUGCACUUAUUGCUCGAAUUUAACGUAUUGCACAAAAUGUGAUUCAUAUUCGUACACCAAGAAUGGCAAGUGUUUCGAAAUCAAUGGGAUAUUGAGUGUGUGCGAUGUGAUGAUGUCGACAUAUGAAGGAUGUGUUGUGUGCAAAGACGGGUACAUGCGAUCAAGUGAUAGCAAGCAAUGUGUUAGUUGUGACACGUCGUGUGCAACGUGUUCCAAUGAUGGUGAUUGUGUUGUUUGCAGUGAUGGAUAUUACAGAACACCGAAUAACAACACAAAGCUGUGCAACUUACAGACAGAAUUGAACAACUGUUUGAACAAGACGACGAGUGGCUGCACACUAUGUGAAGAUGGUUUUGCACUAAAAGAUAAUUUGUGUUACAAAUGUGGUCAAAACUGCAUUUUUUGUGGUGUUACUUUUGAGUGUUCGAAAUGUGGUGAUAACAACAUUUUAAGAAACGGAGUGUGUGUUCACUUCUCACAAAUACCAAAUUGCAUUUCAUCACAAUACUCCAUUUGUUGGGAGUGUGCAGAUGGCUACAAGUUGAGGGACGACAAAAUAGAGUGUUUUGCAAACACUAUUUAUGGAUAUGUUGUUGGUAUUGAGGUUCUUUGUGUUGUUGUGAUGGUUGUUGUAGUUAUUGCAACAGUGAUCAUUGUUGUUCUGAUUGUGUUUAAAAAGAAAGACAACAAACACACUGAAAAUAUUUGUGUUUUCAAGAUGAGUCGUUCCAAUAUCAUGAUGACUAAACUUGAAGGCGCCAUUCUUUCAAACAAAAAUGAAAUUUCAUUUGGUGAUGAAAGUGACAAAAUACAAAUUGAAAGUGAAAGUCGUGACUUGUUGUGUGUUGGCAACUCGUCUAAAAAUAACAUGAAGAUUCAAAUCACAACAAAAGACAAAUGUGACAAAUACAAAAUUCGCACAGAACCCAAAAUUGUGACUUUGAAGAGCGGAUUUGCAUGCGAAUUUAAAGUCUUUAUAACGCCAUAUUGCACAAUGGAUUUGAGUGACGAAAUCAUGAUUGUCUCGCUUGAUUUACAUAGUGGUAAACAAAACACGACUUUUAUUAACAUCAAAGCACUGGUGGAGAACUCAACACAUCUCGAUUAUGACGAGUUAAUCGAAGAAAAGAAGAUAGGUGAAGGAUCAUUUGGCGUUUUAUUUAAAGGUAAAUACAGAGGAAACACUGUUGCAAUUAAAAAAAUGAAAGAAUUCAACGAAAAUAAUAAUGAUGAAUUUACAAAAGAAGUAGCUAUGUUGGACAAGUUUCGAAGUGAGUAUAUCACACACUAUUAUGGCGCUGUGUUAAUUGAAAAGAAACAAUGUAUGGUUACCGAAUUUGCACAAUAUGGAUCUUUAAAUAAUAUUCUUGUUAUUUCAUUAAAUUUAAAUGAUAAAGUGAAUGCUAAAUUGACUGAUUUUGGGAGUGCAAGAAAUGUCAAUAUGAUGAUGACUAACAUGACUUUCACCAAAGGUAUCGGUACACCAACCUACAUGGCACCUGAGGUGUUAAACAUAGAGAAGUAUAUGAAGGCUGCAGACAUUUAUUCGUUUGACAUAACUAUGUUUGAAGUGUUAGGGUGGUGUGAAGCGUAUCCAAUUGAGAAUUUUAAGUUUCCUUGGAAAAUAGCUGAUUUUAUAAUGUCAGGAAAACGACUUGAAAGAAAAGAAAACAUUCCAGAAACUCUGUUUAAAGUGAUUAAAAUGUGCUGGGUACAAGAAAAGGCAAAUAGAGUUUCUAUUGAUAGAAUAGUUAAUUUACUUACUUUGUAA